ACGGGGAAGGGCAUUUUGACAGCGAAUUCUGAGUACUGCAUGGGGAAACGAAUGUCAAAUAUAUCCUCACGAUAUGGUAUAAAUUAUGAAGUCAAUAGUUGCAACACCGUCCGAGCUUGCUUCUUGCUCACUUGCAUAACAGCUGAUUGAAAAUGAAGCUAUCUUGCCAGACACCCAUGGGUAGUAAAAUUAAAUUUAAUUCAAUUAAAUGCUCUAUAUAAUUAAAUGCUCGAUAUAGUUCUAAUUUCUAUAGAACAAUACAUUAUUUGCUACAAGAACGCAUUCAACACCCUGCACGGACCAUGAUUUAAAAACUACAUCUACCAGAGAUCGUACUGGUAGGCUGUCAGUUCAAAGGUCAUUGGCUAGCUAAAGUAGGAAGUUGAAUUCAAAACCACAGAACUGUUCUGUUUUGAAGUCUAAGCUGCUUAGUGCAGGUGACAUUAGCCACAUAACGAUACCAUUUACACAUAAAACGUCUAUCCUUCCUAUUGAGUGUUGCCUAAUGGUUUUCGAGCAUAUAAUCCUUUUUCGCGUUGUAAACUGCUUGUAAAUUCACUACUUGUGUGAAAUCAACAGCAGCCGGCUCUGCAGUGCCUUAGUUGUCAUUCAUUUUUAAACCUCAGCAGCUAGCUACAUAAUAUGCUAGCCUGGAUUACAAGGAACAAGGAACUGGGACCAGAAUUUGAAGACUUAUUGCUGCCGAAAUGAACAUGAUUACAUUUUUCAUAGUGGGCCUCGUUGUCCAUGUUGUCUUCUUCAUCUCCAUAUUUGACAUCUACUUCACUUCUCCUCUGGUGCAUGGAAUGACCCCUCAGCAUGUUCCCCUCCCUCCUCCAGCCAAGCGUCUGGUAUUGUUUGUGGCAGAUGGCCUAAGAGCAGACAGCCUUUUUAAGCCUGAUGUCAAUGGGACAAUAAGUGCACCUUACAUAAGGAGUAUAAUGAAAGAGAAGGGUAGUUGGGGUGUCUCCCACACCCGCGUUCCCACUGAGUCUCGUCCAGGCCAUGUGGCUCUGAUAGCUGGGUUUUAUGAAGAUGUCAGUGCUGUUGCUAAAGGCUGGAAAGAAAACCCUGUAGAGUUUGACUCUGUGUUCAAUGAGAGCAGACACACUUGGUGCUGGGGGAGUCCGGACAUUCUGCCCAUGUUUGCCAAAGGUGCCAGUGGAGACCACGUUUAUACCCACACAUACUCUGCAGAGGAUGAGGACUUUGCGGCCACAGAUGCCUCUAAACUGGACACAUGGGUCUUUGACAAAGUGAAGGCCUUCUUCAGCUCAGCGAAAGAAAAUGAAACCCUGUUCUCAAGACUGCAUGGAGAACACAAUGUGUUCUUCUUGCACUUACUCGGAAUAGACACUAAUGGACAUGCCCACAGACCUUUGUCAAGGGAAUGUAUAGAAAAUACUAAACUUGUUGAUGCUGGAGUUGAAGAGAUAGUCUCUGUGAUUGAAGACUUCUAUGGAAAUGAUGGAAGGACAGCAUUUGUUUUCACGUCUGAUCACGGCAUGACAAAUUGGGGGUCCCAUGGAGCUGGCCACCCCUCUGAGACACUCACCCCUCUAGUGGCCUGGGGGGCAGGGGUCCAGACAGCCCAGAAAGUCACUUCACAGAGCUUUGAUGACCAGUUCCUGCAAGAGUGGAAUCUUGAAAACCUUAAAAGAGUGGAUGUUAAUCAGGCUGACAUAGCCCCCCUGAUGUCCUCUUUAAUUGGUGUGCCUAUUCCCUUAAAUUCUGUGGGUGUCCUACCAUUGCAUUACUUGGAUAACACCGAACUCUUCAAAGCAGAAAGCAUGUAUGCAAAUUCUAUUCAGAUAUUGGAGCAAUUCAAGGUCAAGAUGGCCCAGAAAAAGGAAACAACGUUAUCAUUUCUUUUCACUCCUUACCACUUGCUCGCUGAAUCCAAACAGCUGGAUUUUGUUCGACAUGCAAGAUCACUGAUCCAGCAAGGGAAAUACGAUGAAGCUAUCAUUCUAUGCGACACCAUGAUCUCGGAGGCCAUGCGGGGCCUGUCCUACUACCACACCUACGACCGCUUCUUCCUGGGCUCCAGCGUGGUGCUGGGCUUCGUGGGCUGGACCUCCUAUGUCAUCCUGGUCAUCCUGAAGACCCACGCCAGCCUGCGCAAGCCUCACGCACACAGAGACCCGAUCUUGGCCAGAAGCCUUGGGAGAGUGUUCCUCUGUGUGGGAGUGCUGGUCACAUUUUUCCUGCUUAUCCAAUCCAGCCCCUGGACCUACUACAUCUACUGCCUGCUGCCGGUGCCUGUGUGGUACUCAGUGUUUAAAGAGUUUGGAACAAUUGCAGAUCUGAUAAGCUCUGCUCCCUCAUUACCGUUAAUCAAAUGCUUUGGAUAUUUUGUGGUGGUGAUUCUUGGGAUUGAGCUUUUGGUUGUCAGCUUUUUCUACCGGGCUAUGCUGACUCUUGGACUUGUUGUGCUGUCAGUGUGGCCUAUUGUAUCCCAACUGUAUACACAAGCAAAGGUCCGGUCGCUGGGCUGGGUCCUGGGCUGUCUGUUUCUGGCCGCGUUCCCCCUGAUGCCCGUGGUGGGGCGGGAGCCCAACAUGCACCUCGUGACCUGCGCUGGCGCUGCCACCCUCCUGUCGUCUGCCUGUUUCCUGUGGUCGUCACGGAGAAGCACACCCCUGCAGUGGAGGGACUGCCAGCUGUACAUCUCUCAGAUGAUCCACGUGGCCUUGUGUGCCUAUGUUCUGAACAGCACUCACUCCAGUCUGAAACUGAAGCAAGGUUUGCCACUAUUCAGCCAGAUCGUCAGCUGGACAACACUCGUCUCCUCUUUUGUGGUGCCACUGCUGAGCUCCACCCACCUGUUCCAGCGCCUGCUGAGUAUUUCACUGUCCCUGGUGACCACCUACCUCCUCCUCAGCACGGGCUAUGAGGCUCUGUUCCCCCCAAUGCUGUGCUGGCUGAUGUUUGUGUGGAUCAACAUUGAGCAAGAGGCCAUGAAUGCUCAAGGUGUCUCUACCAAACUGGAGCUCUCCCGAAUUGAUUUCUCUGAAAAUAUUGACAUUACCAAGAUCAGACAACUGAGUCUGGACGACAUCAGAAGAUCCUAUUUUUUUGUUUUCUUCAUAAUAACAGCAUUCUUUGGCACAGGGAAUAUAGCCUCCAUUAACAGUUUCGACCCUGCAUCUGUGUACUGCUUCCUGACAGUGUUCAACCCUUUCAUCAUGGGGGCACUGAUGAUGUGGAAGGUUUUGAUACCCUUUGUAAUCGUGAUGUGCACGUUUGAAACCAUUCAGGUCUCAACACAGCUCUCCUCAAGAAGCCUGUUCCUGAUUGUGCUUGUUAUCUCUGAUUUGAUGGCAUUGCACUUCUUUUUCUUGGUUCAAGAUUAUGGGAGUUGGCUUGACAUUGGCACCAGCAUCAGCCAUUACGUCAUUGUGAUGUCCAUGACCAUCUUCCUGAUGCUGCUGAGUAUAAUGUCACGUGUCCUGACAUCCAAGAGGAUCUACAUUGGCCGGAGGAGGAAAAUGCACUUUACAUGAUGUAACUUGCAAGCUACAAAUGUUAGGGGACACUCCUGGACUUAAAGAAAAAAAUGAUGUCUGAAGUGCACUGCUUUUGCAGAGCGAUGUCUGAAGUGCGCUGCUUUUGCAGAAAGAUGUCUGAAGUACACUGGCUGUUUGCUCAAAUACUGUUACAAGGGAUAUUUGUACUGUAUUUUGAAAUAAGUUUUAAAUCAUCAGAUGCAGGACGGAAUUGUAGGGCAUCUUGUUUUUGGGGUUAUGUCUGUUAUGUGCUCACCAAAUACCGUAGGUGGCUCUUAAUAUUUAUGUUGUUUGUCUUGUUUUAAGUACUGUGAACCUGCUUAGGUAAAGGGAAAACAAUUACAUAAUUUUGCUUUAAUUUAUGAACAGUGCCAUGUGUGAACUCCCAAAAGUUGCUAAAUAUAUUUACUGUUAUGAACAUAAGAUAGUACUACUGAUGCUUUACCAGUUUAUGCAAUGCAGUCCCCUUAAACUCACUUGACAAGUAUGCUUUCAACUUCUGAAUUUUUGAUCAUUUCAGUUUCUUCUUGUGAAACAUUAUGCCAUUGGACCAAAGGUACAUGAGAAAUUAAUUUACUGUGAUCUAACACUUUAAUAUGAUAUCAGAUUUGUACUUGCUAUUUGAUAUUGGCUUUUUUUUGUUUGUUUGAAUUUUAAGGCUUCGGAUCUCUGCUGAGAAUUAUAUCUUCGUCAGUUCCAAGUGGAAGUAUGAAUAGGAUGCAAUUAAAUAUUUUUUCUGUUGCAAUUUGUCUAGUGGCCUUAGGCAGUUGUAGCAC